UUUUACCUCACUCUUACUUAAUUUAACAAAAUUUUGAAUGUUUCUCUCUCUUCUUUUAAAAUUUAAUUUAAUUUUUUCUAGUUCCACCCUCGAUUGGCCCCAUUCAAUUUGGACCUUUUAAUGAGACGUUUUAAUCAAAUUCAAUUAUGGGUCAUUACAGAAAUUAUUUUUGCUUCAAAUUUAAAUCAACGUCUUUCAAUACUUUGUUCAUUUAUUCAACUCUCCCAAUUAGCAAAAACAAAAAGGGAUUUAUUUGCUAUGGCAGCCAUAAAUUUUGGUUUAAGUUCUUUGCCAAUAAGUAGAUUAAACUAUCUUUGGAAUCAAUUGCCCAAUAAUUUAUUUAAACAACAUUCUGAAUGUCAAUCAUUUUUGAGCCCUAAACGUGGAUAUAAAAAUUAUCGUUUUUUGUCUAAUAUUUUAAAAACUCCUUUUGUGCCUUUUAUUCCGCUUAUACUCAAAGUAUGUUCCUUAAAGAAUAAAUGA